UGUGCGUGUGUUUUGCUGCCCGCCGGCGCCCUCUCGCUGGUGCUGCGUCCCGCGUCGCCUUCUUCCGGCCAUGAAGGUGGUCCCCGCCGCCGCCCCCGCGAUGUGCCCCGGCCCCAGCUGCGCUCUGAAGGGCGCGGGCGGCGCGGGCGAGCCGCUGCCGCGGUGUCUCUCGGAGCAGAGCGUCUCGCUGUCCCCGGCGGGCGGGCCUCCCCCGCGGGGCUUGCCCCUGGGCCCGGAGCAAGCCGCCGCCGCCGCCGCCUCGCUGCUUAUGGACAUGAAGGGCUGCUACUCGCGCCUGGCCGCGCUGGUGCCCACCUUGCCUCGCCACCGCCGCGUCUCCAAGGUGGAGAUCCUCCAGCACGUGAUCGACUACAUUUGGGACCUCCAGCUCGAGCUGCAGGACCCGCUGGGCACCGGGGCGCCGCCUCCGCGGGGCGUGGACGAACCGGCCGGAGCCGAGCCUGCUUGUGUUAAUGCUGAUGACCGAAUCUUGUGCCGCUGAAGACCAGUUUAAGCCUGCGGAAGAUCCAUGGAACGAGGACGAUAAGGGUACCCCUCCAAUGGCAGGGGAAGUGGGGGGCUUCAGUGGCAGUGUGGAGGCUCUCUCCCCCGUUCCCAUUUCCCAAGACAUGGGCUGGACAGCAGACUGAAACUUCGUUGUUCUGGAGGCCAAGACCCAGUGGGGGCCCUUCUCCAUCGGUGGGUGCCACGGCGCUUCAUCCAGAAGGGACCAACUCUCCAAGAACUGGACUCCAGAGCUGCACCAUCCAGGGGUUUUUAACGUUUCGAUGGGGCGAUGCUUUUUGUUUUCUUAAAAAAGCAAGAUCUGAAACCUUUCCUGCGUAUUUCUCAGAUUUCUGAGAAUAACUGUAUUGUAUAUUACAAUGCUCUAUUCCUGAGAAUAUUUUUCUAUAAUAGUUUGCUGUUUGUUUGAACAAAUGCAUAUUGCUGUGAAAAAGG